UUAAAACCAAAUAAUGUGAAUAUUUCUGUUGUUUUUUAUUCUUCUUUUCAUUUCUGCUUAAUGCGCUUUGAUUAUUCAAAUCCAACGGAUCCACAAGGAGCAUCAAUAUCCCCUCAUCUCAAUAGGAUGCUUCAGUCUUGUUUGAACUCUGAGCUCCAAUCAGCUCCUCUGCGAAAAUAAACAACCGGAUUCAGAACCACGACGACUGCACGCGCUCACUGAUCGUUGUAAGGUGGUUCUGAUCAUUUUCUCGAAAUGUUUUAUUAUCCAGCGGUUUUAAAGCGACACUCAGGAAGUUUUUCAACGAUUUGGCUGGUUGCCACAAAAGGUAUAAAAGUUCCUCGACGGGAUUUCCUCAGAGUAAAUGUAAUAAGCACCUGCGAUGACAUCAUGAACUAUAUACUGGAGCGGGUCCCCCCUCCAGAACCGGGCCUGCCGAAGCCCCGCUUCUCGCUCUACCUGUCCUCACAGCUCCAGUAUGGCGUGGUGGUGGUUUACCACCGCCAGUGUGCCAUUCUUCUUGAGGAACUUCAGCUCAUUGUCACCCAGCUCCUGAAGCAAAGAGACACCAAGAAAAUCGACAUGGAGGACCACAGCAGACUGCCUAGGCUCCUGCCAGAUGCCCUGUCUCUAAUGGAGGAGGCUGAAGGAGCUCUGGAUCCUUUGUUUGGAGUGAUGCACCUUCAGGACCCCAUGCCCAGCCCCAGCGCCAUAAUACAGAUGACUCGGGAAUUCCUGAGAAAAGCUUCACCGGAGCCUCCAGAGGACUGGAGUUCCUCUGCUUCAGAGCUGAGAGGAGCCCUAACCGUAUCCCCAGAAAGCAUCACUCUGAGAGAAGCCGAGCCGGUCACCAUCCCCGCCGUGGAGUUUGAGGGCGAGGACCUUAUUGAUCACCUCCCAGACACUAUUCAUCUCCUCCUGGCAGAAACAGGUCACUUUCUGGAAGAAGAGGCGCCCAGAGAAGACGGGAUCCCAGAAGAGCCGGAGCUUCUCCGGGAAGGAAAAGAGCAGGAGAAAGACCGGACGAAGGAGCUCACAGCAUCCACCACAGAACUGCAGAAGACCACUACCUCCAGUGACGACGCUAUGCUGUCACUCCAAGAGGAGCCAGGUACUCCUGCAGAAAUCCCACCGCCUCUCACAGACCAGAUGACCCCGCCCUCAGGGCCCGGACUCCCGUCGCCCCCCUCUGCUGCAAAGGAACGAGAAGAUCGCCUCGGUGACCCUGCAGAGGUGGGGGUGAAGAGGAAGAGGAGGAGGAGGCAGCUGGUUUUUUUUGACCCAGAGACGCAGCUUUCCCAGGAGGAGCAGCAGGAGCGCAUCGGCGACCCCCUAGUGGAGACGAGACCUCCACUUCUACUGUCGCCUCCCUCUCGCCAGACCCUCCCCGCCGCCGAGCUCUUCAACAACCCCUGCAACACCUUGCCCUGUGAGGUGGAGUUUCCAUGGCGACGGGCUGCCGUGAUAACACCUCUGUCAGGGUCGGACCUGCAGGUCGGCGAGCGAGGCCCGGAGUCCACAGACUCGGAGAGGGAGAGAGAGGCUGAGCCGAUGCAGGCGGAAGACGGGGAGGAGAGGGUGGAAGCGAGCCCCAGAGAGAUCGCCAGAGAAAUGCCGGAGCCAGAAAUGAUGGAAAUUACAGAUCAAGAAACUUUCCCGCUGGAGGUGUCAGAGCCAGCGGAGGUGUCUCGAGAGAUCUCCCCCAUUCCCUCAGAUAAAGAAAGUUCCACCGUCUCCAGGUCGGCCUCGCUCCUGCAGGACAUCCCAGAGGUGAUGGACGAGCUGAGUGACAGAGAAGAGCCUCUUGGGUCGCUGCCUGCAGUGGAAGAAGAGCCUGUACUUUUUCAGUCUCUUUUACCGGCUGACGUGGACCGCAGGGUCGUCAGCGGCGUCUUCCAAAGGCUGCUGGAGAACCUGUCAGCCAGGAGAAUCCAGGUGGAGCAGAACCAGCCUUACGGAGACAUCUUCAUAUUUCCUGGAUCCAGCUUCCAGGAGCUUCAGUCGUCUCUGUAACCGUUCCAGAGUCACAUCAUCAAACUCCCAUGUCCGUUCUGGACUCAUGACACUCCGACAGCCUGUUUGUGGAUGAAUUUGUUAAGUCAGGUUUAUAUGACUAAGAAACAGGAAUUAAUAAAGACGUUUUUUACGUGGUUACCUCAAGGAUUUUAGCUUUUGCAUCUCGUUCAUGUGAGCAAAAACCCUUUUUCCAAGUUUUUAUUGUUCGAUUUGGGACAUUUUAGAUGAGCUCUGUUCCUGUCUUUCUGCACUGAUGUUGUGUUCUUUUAUAAAACAAACUUUGAUUAAAUAAAACCAAAAGUUGUCCUCGA